AUGUGUAUCAAACAUUUACAGUUCUACAACUGCCCAGCCAGCCCGCGUCCUAAUGCCCCCAAGAGACGACACCGCGUCAUAGCCAACAUUCUCUGCUCGCACAUCUUCCCCUGCCCGGCCCAGCAAUGGGAGAAUCGCACCAGCUUCUACUGCUAUAUGUGCCCCGGCUGCUCGGGCGAGACCCCCGCCGUGCCCCGGGUGACCCCCUCGCACGACGAGUGGCACCGCGACGACGUCCAGGAUAACGCCUGGGCCCAGAGUUACAUGACCGAGUACUCCCACUCCGUCCUACUCUGGGUCCGGAGCAAGUUCCCUUCCAGCGAUGUCACGAAUGAGGAGAUGAGCGAGUCGUGGUUCCGGGCCUUCUUCAUGGAGCGCCGGUGCAAGGAGAACGACCACCGCGUCGGCGCUUGCUCCUGCGAGGCGAACGGCCCGCUGGCGUUCUAUUACAACCCGGCCACGGCGGCCCGCAAGCACCUCACGGAUAUGGCCGGGGAAAAGGCCGAGUCGGAUAUGCGUAUACAGAACCCUGCCAUGCAGAACCUGUUCAGAUUCCGACAUUCAGUGCUCUCUGGCUUCUGUCAAGCGCAGAAGCUCUACUUCAGGGGCGGGCUUUCUCACCAGCCUCUGUUUUCGAAUUACCUUGUCAAGAGCCGUCGCAAGACGCUGGACGAGAACAUCCGCGACCACAUGCAGCUGGCGUCGGCCUUGGUCUUGCAGAACGCAGAGUAUGGCGGCGGGUGGACUGACGCGCAUACCCUAGAGGCCAGCGCCAUGUCGAGGCGCGCCAACCUGGUCAAGUUCAUGGCAGAAGUUCUCUUGCACGACAACGGUAUCUCCAACAGCCGGUUCGGCCUCGCUGUGAAAGUGCUCUGCAGCAUCAUCAUGCCCCUGGUGUUUCGCGGUCCGUCGACCAUCCCGGGGCUGGAAAAUCUCGCCGAGAUUGCAAGCUCGACUGACAAGGCAUCGUUGCCGCAUAAACCCUUCAUGUACUUUGUCCAGCUGAUCCAGAAGUACUACCACGACCGCCGCCAAGAGUGGAACUCGGAAGUCAUCGCAUACAAGGCGAGGCGGGCCCUGAUCGAUUCUGUAGCGGAGGACGUCGACGACUGGGAAGGACCGUCGCGUCUCGAGUGUCCCGUCUGCAACAAGAAGUACUACGAUCACUCGCCGGGCGCCAUGUUCAAGCCCUUUGAUCAUGGCGCCCGCGGUUGUCAUCGCGGAGAGCCGAUCGUGCGGAUGAAGAAAUGCAAAUGUUUUAUUGGGAAACGAUGUCUCUUCCAGAAGUUGACGGAGAGUACUCUGAGGAAGAAGGAACCGGCGUGUCCCAAGUGCAAGAAGCUGCUGCCGAAAUCGGCUUUUCGGUUGAUAGAGGCGACUGCGGGAGAGUUGCUUCUAGGGUCUGCCUGA